GAGGCUAUAAAUAUUUUAGUUAUGGAAGAAUCGUCUAUAAACAAAUUCUGGAAUUGAUAACAACUUUAUGUUACAUCUAAUUACAAACACAGCCGAACAAAAUGCAGGCGGAAGAUGCACGUUAUCUAAAAAGGAAAGUUAAAGGCGGGACCAUCGACAUUCAUCCCACAGAGAAAGCUCUUGUUGUUAACUAUGAAUUGGAGGCAACCAUUCUGGGAGAGCUUGGAGAUCCAAUGCUGGGAGAACGAAAAGAAUGUCAGAAAAUUAUACGAGUAAAGAGCCUGAAUCCAAACAGUGACCUGUCAUCACUGGCCAAGGAGAUUAUUGACAAGUGUAAACUCAUCCACCCUAGUAAGCUACCUGAAGUGGAACAACUGCUGUACUACCUACAGAACCGCAAGGAAUCCGAACCUACUAAAGCUUCUGGAAAAACACAGCUGCAGGAAAAGCCAGAAGUUCCGACAUAUGAUGCAACGGAGAUAGAUGAGGUGGCAAAUAUCAAUGAUGUGGAUGAUUACAUGGAACUGCUGUAUGAGGAUGUUCCAGAAAAAAUCAGAGGCUCGGCUCUCAUCUUACAGUUAGCUAGAAAUCCAGAUAAUCUGGAGGAAUUAUUUCAGAAUGAAACUGUGGUUGGAGCCUUAGCGCGAGUGCUGAGAGAGGACUGGAAGAAAAACACAGAACUGGCCACAAAUAUUGUUUACACUUUCUUCUGCUUCUCAAGUUUUACACAAUUUCAUGGUGUCAUUCUCCAUUUCAAGAUUGGAGCACUGUGCAUGAAUGUUGUCGAGCAUGAGCUAAAGAAGUAUGAUAUGUGGAAUGAGGAAUUGCAGAGGAAGAGGAAAACUGCUGAGGGAGAAAAAGACAAGAAGACAAAGGAGGAUUUGGAAAAAAGUUUACAAAAAUAUGAUGGACUGGUGAAGAAACAAGAGCAGCUUCUUCGAGUGGCAUUUUAUCUCUUGCUGAAUCUGUCUGAGGAUCUAAAGGUGGAGAUGAAAAUGAGAAAUAAAAACGUUGUGAAGAUGCUGGUGAGGUCCAUGGAACGGGACAAUUUCGAACUCCUUAUCCUGGUGGUGUCCUUCCUUAAGAAACUCAGCAUCUUUAUAGAAAACAAACAAGAAAUGGCCACUAUGAACAUCAUGGAGAGGUUUGUGAAGAUUGUGCCGUGUGAACACGAAGAUCUACUCAACAUCACACUUCGACUGCUCCUCAAUCUCUCCUUUGACGCCGAUCUACGCAGUAAAAUGAUCAAGUUUGGUCUCCUUCCGAAGCUAGUAGGAUUACUGAAUAACGAGAAUCAUCGCCUGAUAGUCCUGUGUAUCCUGUAUCACGUCAGCAUGGACGACAAGUCCAAGUCUAUGUUUACCUACACAGAUUGUAUACCAAUGGUGAUGAAGAUGUUUCUUGAGAGUCCCGAGAACCCCGAUCUUGAAUUACUGGCUCUGUGUAUAAAUCUGGCGGCCAACAAACGUACAGCCCAGAUCAUCUGUGAAGGCAGUGGUCUGAAGAUGUUAAUGAAGAGGGCAUUCAAGUUCAAGGAUCCACUGCUAAUGAAAAUGAUACGGAAUAUAUCACAGCAUGAUGGACCAACCAAAAAUUUAUUUAUUGACUACAUUAGUGACCUUGCUGAGGCGACAUUGAAUUGUGAUGAUGAAGAGUUUGCACUGGAAGCCCUCGGAAUCCUUGGGAACUUGACCAUCCCUGACCUGGAUUACGAGUUAAUUCUGCGUGAAUAUAACCUAGUUCCAUGGAUCAAAGAGAGGCUCAUGCCAGGAUCAGCGGAGGAUGACAUCGUACUUCAAGUCAUUAUACUGGUUGGUACUGUAUGUAACGAUGAUGCCUGUGCAAAGAUGUUAGCAGAGUCUAACAUCAUACAGUGUCUUAUUGAACUUUUAAAUGCAAAACAAGAAGAUGAUGAGAUGGUGUGUCAGAUUGUCUAUGUGUUCUAUCAGAUGAUAUUCCACGAAUCGACGAGAGAAGUCAUCAUCAAGGACACUCAGGCCCCAGCCUACCUGAUUGACCUCAUGCAUGACAAAAAUGCAGAGAUUAGGAAAGUGUGUGACAACACUCUGGACAUCAUAGCUGAAUUUGAUGAGGAAUGGGCUAAGAAAAUCCAGUUGGAGAAGUUCCGCUGGCACAACUCCCAGUGGCUGGAGAUGGUGGAGACCAGACAGAUGGAGGACAUGGCUGAUCCAUACAUGUACCCUGAGGAUGAGUACGACCCCUACCUCCAGGAUGCUGACAUCCUUGACCGGCCAGACCUUUUCUACGGAGGUAACAAGGAUGCAUAUGACAAUGGAAUAAUGGAUGGUCACCUCACGCCGGAGUACAUUGAUGAGAAUGGAGUGUACGAUGGGAAGCCAUAUGGUUAUGGGUAUGGUGCUGAUGCAGACGAUGGAUAUGAACCCUAUGCCCGACCAGAGUCCCAUGUGGGCUUUGUGAUGGAAGGUAGUCAAGCAACAGAUGACUACGGAAACCUGCUGGACCCUUAUAGCCAGCCAAUGGUGGACCCGUAUAGCCAGCCAGUUGUGGAUGAGUAUGGCCGCUACAUCAACAAUGGUGCUCAGGAGGAAGAGGAUUACAACCAGUAUGGCUAUGGCAUGCGGUAGUUCACGCAUACAUAAAUGACAGUUCCACCCCAGCAACCAUGCCAGUCCAUGUCAAUCUAUUGACAUGAUUGUCAAACUACUCGCUCACUCUGCCAUGCCUUUACAGAAGGCUGGUCCUAUUCUCAACCUAACUUCAUUUACUAGUGCAAAGUUUCAUGAAAGCUAAAUCAGAAUAUUCACACACAUUUAGAUCACAGGCUGAUCACAAUUUGAACAUAAAUUUAUUCAUUAUUUUUUUAAAGAGGAGAUGGGAAAUAAAUAGUAGAAUUUGAUUCAACCUUUUUUUUUGUCACACUGAAGGACAUACAGAUGUAGGUAAAUGUUUUAAAUAGUGUUUUUUUAA